AUUGCGGGCAGUGUGUUCUCAGGAAGCGAAGGGCGGAAAGGGAACAAUCUGAGAAAGCUGCAAUGGAAAAUGGCUUUCACCCUGAAGGAAAGGGGAAAAACAAGCUUGCAAAACUUCGCCAACUGGUAAGUAGAAAGUGAGGCGGGUGGGCGGGAUUAGGGAGGAAUCUGCCCAAGCCAACCGGUGACUUUAGGACGGGUGACGUCACAGCCAAUGGACAGCCAGCGCGGGAUUUUCAAUUAUUGUUCCGCCCAAUCGGGAAAAGACUGUGCUUAUAAAGACGGCUGCCGCGGGGCUAGGAGCUCGUUUCUCUCCCCGCCGCUGCGCUGGUGAGCUUGUGUUUUGGUUCGCUAUGGCCCGUACUAAGCAGACUGCCCGCAAGUCCACCGGCGGCAAGGCCCCGAGGAAGCAGCUGGCCACCAAGGCGGCCCGCAAGAGCGCGCCGGCCACGGGCGGGGUGAAGAAGCCGCACCGCUACCGGCCCGGCACCGUGGCCCUGCGGGAGAUCCGGCGCUACCAGAAGUCCACGGAGCUGCUGAUCCGCAAGCUGCCCUUCCAGCGGCUGGUACGCGAGAUCGCGCAGGACUUUAAGACGGACCUGCGCUUCCAGAGCUCGGCCGUGAUGGCGCUGCAGGAGGCCAGCGAGGCCUACCUGGUGGGGCUGUUCGAAGACACAAACCUGUGCGCCAUCCACGCCAAGCGCGUGACCAUUAUGCCCAAGGACAUCCAGCUGGCCCGCCGCAUCCGUGGGGAGCGGGCUUAAGAAGCGCGGUUCGGCCGGAGGUUCCAUCGUAUCCAAAAGGCUCUUUUCAGAGCCACCCACAUCAGCACUUGGAAGAAGCUGUACCGCUUGCCCUCCGUGCUCCUCCGGCAUUAGAGCGGGGAAGGCACUUCCGGUUAGGCUCCCAACGAAACGGGGUCGGGUGACAAGUCGGGUCCCCUGCUGCGGUGCCAUCUUGGGCUUUGCCGGCUUCGGCCAAUUGGCCUGGCCGGGCUGCGGCCGCUUUCCUGGGCGCCGGCUUGCGGGCUUUGGCGGGCCGGCUCCUCCCGCGCGUGACCGGGGCCCUGCGUGGCGGGGAGGCCGGAGCAGGAGAGACGGGGCGUCGGGCCCGAGGCCAGGGGUCACUAGGGGGACGCUCAGGGCUCGCGGUCCUGAGCGCGCCUGGCCUUUGCGGAAGUGGAGGGCCACACGCCCGUGCUUCGCGCCCAAACCGGCCUCAUCCGGCUAGGGAGGGAAAUGACCACCUCGGCCUCGCCGGGGUUCUGCGGGCAAACGUGGGGAGAACUGCGCUGGGGCUGCCGUUCAGUCCCGCGACACCUCCACUAGCACAGUGGUAACCCCCACAUCCUGCCCCUAAGCCAAAAUUCCCGGGGCAGGGGGUGGUGGGCGAAAUUUUGUGAAUUUGGGCUUAAUCGAGCCGUUCCCUGUCCACGUCCACAGAAGGAGAUUCACUGUUCCAGUGAAGGCACUCAGUCCUCUUAGAAGCUGCAUGGUAGGUCUGGAUUUUCUGUCCAGACUCAGUAGUUCCUUUACAUUGUUUUCGUCGGACAUGUGGGCACACGCUGGUCCCCGAGUUCAGAUCCUUGGGAAGACAGUAGAUCAAACAGGGAGAACGUGGGCCUCCGUUGGGCAAAUGAAGUUCCUCACCUUAGGAAAUCGUGACAGGAGGCCACAGAGGUGAUCUCUAUAGUCUCUGGGAGCUGGGAAGUCCAAGGCCUCUUAGUGGGAAAGUGAGGCAGGGUCUUGCACAGCCCACUCUACACAGGGCCAGAUACAAAUGGCUGUAGAGGUCUUAGAUAACACCUUCUCGGUCAUUUAUUUGCACCUCAAAAGAAGCCAGGGCUUUGGUUUUCUGUUUGUUUCAUCACAGUUGACAGGUUAAAAGCAUUCGCUGCAG